GCGUGCUCGCGCCCGCCCCGCAUGUAGCGCGCCCGCGCGCACUCAGGCCACCUUCGCCACGCCAAGCCGGCCGGGCACCAGGUUAAAGGGAGAAAUGGCAGCCUCCUCUUCAUCCUCUUCAGCUGGUGGAGUCAGUGGAAGCUCUGUAACUGGAUCUGGAUUCAGUGUCUCGGAACUUGCCCCACCACGGAAAGCCCUCUUUACAUACCCCAAAGGAGCUGGAGAAAUGUUAGAAGAUGGUUCCGAAAGAUUCCUUUGUGAAUCCGUUUUCAGCUAUCAGGUUGCCUCUACAUUAAAGCAAGUGAAACAUGAUCAACAAGUUGCUCGGAUGGAAAAACUAGCUGGUUUAGUGGAAGAACUGGAAGCAGAUGAGUGGAGGUACAAGCCCAUAGAGCAGCUGCUGGGGUUCACGCCAUCCUCAGGCUGAAAGCUUUGGGAUCACUGCUGUUGAAAGACAACACAAAUAUACAACACUCAGGAUUGAUUUUUAAAUAUGCUGCCAUUUAUCAGUGUGUUCCCAGCUGCAUCAUGUUUUUUAAAUCCACACCAGGUGGCUCUGUAAUAGUAUCCAGUAAGUUGCAACCACCAAACUGUAAAUCCUUUUAGUCUUCUGCAGGGUAGACAUUUGGUAAUAAUUCAGCAGGGCCUGGUUUCUUUACCUUAUGAAAUACAAUAAGUUUUAAAGGUUUGGAGAAUAACCUGUUUGUUUAAAGGGGAAGGGAAGGUUAUUUUAAAAAAAACCAAUCAUUUAUAUUCACAAUGGAGUGUACGUGCCUGAACUGGCCAGGUAAUAUCAAUCAUUCAGGACCUGGAUACCUUUGCUGUUUUGAGUCCAAAUCCUGGAGGACAAAAGCACAAGGCACUGAAUGGAAAGAAGAUUCUUUUUGAAGAUGAAUGUGGUAAACGGUGCAGGGUCAACUGAAGGGGAAAAUGUUAACCAAUUUCUAUAUUUAGAUCUCCUUGUUUUUGCUGAGUCUUUUCUCUCUGCUGGCAUGUUUCUUUUUUGACUGUACACAGAAUAUUAGGAGAAGGGAACUGUGGUUUAAUGCAGAGGCAGUGACUCAAGACACUGAAAUCUGCUCUCACUUUACCAUAAUGUAUAAAACUGUUCUAUGGCCAAUAAAUUUCAAGAGUUUGAAGUCUGUUUCUUUAACUUUUCUAAGGCUUGGGGACAUGAGGAAAUGAAAUCAAUUGUUUUGUGGACAAGAUGGGAUGUUAUGGAGCAACAGAGGCAGCUCCAUAGUUAUAAUGCCAAUCUACCUCCAAACUUAAACCCAAUUUAAAAAAAAAAAAAUCGCCCAAAAGAAACCAAGUCCCCCUUGCCUUACUCUGGCCAUCCUUUUAAAAUGUGCCAAAAAUAAUCAAAAAUGCAAAGCAAUAUUACUAGCUUAUAAAAUUCCAUCUCCUAGUCAAAGAAUCCAUUUCUAAUAUAGUGUAACAGUAAUAUACAAUAUUACUCAGUUACGUGCUACACACUAUAGUUAAUACACACAGUUUCUACAUACUCAGAAAACCUACAUCAUGUCAUGUGCUGAUACAUUUUUCUGGGGGAAAUGUAAGUACUAAGAUAUUAUAUUCAUAAUCUGUUUGAUAUGAAAUGUAUCAUAUGUAUCUGAAUCUCACAACACCCCUGGAAAGAAGGAUAGUAAUAUCUGUCACAGUUCAAGGCAACUGCACCUGUAUCCUCCUCUAUGGGACAGGAAGGGCACCCACUCUCAAACUUCCAGCUCCCCUGGCCAUCAUCUCUCAAGGCCUGCUUGCUUGCUUGCUUUCUCUUCAGAGACUGAUAGAGUAAUUGUCAACAAGUUACCAUACAGUAAUUCCUAUACAAGCCCAUUUUAUUCUUAAAAUAAAAGCACUACAGCGUAAACAUAUUAAAACAAUAAAAGAACCUACACACAUGCGAAUAAGCUUAUGAGAGAUCCCUUCAAUAUGGGCUCCAGCAGGUGAGUCCUUCAAACCCCUCGCAAAGGGGUCAGAAGUUCAUAGCAACCUCACCUCUGAACUAGCACCUAGCCUUAUGAGCCAUAGUAGGUUAAGUCUUUCCAACUAUUCCCUAAGGACUGGGGUCUUCCGUGGACCAGUGGUCCUGUCCGUUUGCUGGAUCAGGAAGAAGGUCCUGAGCUUGUUUAAAACCAGGCUAUUUAUCCAAAAAUACUCUCUCUGUGUGUUGGUCCCUAGAUAAUCCAGUUUAAACUAGUCUAUGUGAGCCUCUCCAGGAAGGUGGCUUUGAAGGGCUGGUAACCAGAGGAAUAUUAACAUACCCCAAGUUACAUACAAUCUCCCAAUAACACAAACAAUUGCAUUUUAAUACGAUGGUUCCCAAAGGCAUUGAUCUUAAUUCAGUAAUGAUUAUCUUAAUUCCAUAAGGUUUGUCCAGGAUAUUGCAGAGUAAUUUUAUAUCCUGUCACAGUAUCAUCUCCAUUUUACAGAUGGGGAACUGAGGCACAGAGAAAUCAAGCCUAAGCUCCACAUGGAAGCCUGUGGCAGAUCAGAGAUCUGAACCCACGUGUCCCAAAUCCUAAGCUGACACACUAAUCACUGGACCAUUUUUCCUCAGCACAUCACACCACCAGAACUUACAAAACUCUGACAUAAGUGUACAGUAACCUGAGUCUAUUGCUUUUGAAAUAUGUAUUACACCAGUGGUAGGCAACCUAUGGCACACAUGCCAAAGGUGGCACGCGAGUUGAUUUUCAGUGGCAAUCACACUGCCAGGGUCCCGGCCACCUGUCCGGGGGGCUCUACAUUUUCAUUUAAUUUUAAAUGAAGCUUCUUAAACAUUUUAAAAACCUUAUUUAUUUUACAUACAACAAUAGUUUAGUUAUAUAUUAUAGACUUAUAGAAAGAGACCUUCUAAAAAUGUUUAAAUGUAUGACUGGCAUGCGAAACCUUAAAUUAGAGUGAAUAAAUGAAGACUCGGCACACCACUUCUGAAAGGUUGCUGACCCCGUAUUACACUUUGAUUCAACACUAUAAAAAAUUAUCCUAUUCACCUGCCAACAUUUCCAUUACAAAACAAAAACGAGUGCAAACUGAUAAUGACAGAUGAAGUAUUAAAUUAUGCCAUCAAAUCUCUGGCUGCAACCUAAUGCUGAUUGGAUUCAAUCCCUAAUUCUAAACCUACAAGCUCCCAUUGGAUUCAAUCCCUAAUCCUAAACCUACAAGCUCCCAGCACCACUCCUUUGUCUAUCUAAUUACUACCUAUCUAACAUGUACAUUACCUGUUUCAAACAGUGUUUGUUGUGCUUUGUGUUAUGUUUGCAAUUUAAUUUUAAGUUGGUAGUUGGCUCUUAAAUGAGGGUAUAUAGUCUAAUAUUUGGUCUUAAAACAUUCAUUAUUAAGCCUCACAACAAACCUACAAGGUAACUAUUAUCCCUGUUUUACAGAUAAGUAAGAUGAGGCACAAAGGGGUUAAGGCCAACAUUUUCAGAAAUGGUCACUCAGUGCUUCCUUUGUGGGUGGCAAACUGGAGACACCUUGUGCCUGAUCAUCAAAUAUGUUGAAUGCCAGCAGCUCCUAUUGACUCCAGUAAGAGUUGUGGGCAGGGGGGUUGCCUUUCUAAAAAUCAGGUCCAAGGCAUUUCAAGUUGGGCACCCAAAAUCUGUGGUUGCUUUUAAAAACUUUAGCCUAAGUGACUAGCCCAAAGUUGCACAGCAACUCAGCAUCAAUUAGAAAUAGAACCUAGGAAUCCUGAAUCUCAGUUGCCUCUUAUAACCAUAAGACUUCACCCCACUCUUUCUAUAAGGAAGAGAAGGUUUGUUUGUUUGUUUAAGUCAUAUGCAAGUGAUAUUCAAACCAAUGCUGACAGUCUUGUUACUGCAACCAGCAAAACAAGAAGGAAACAAAUCAAGCUCUGUAUUAUACAUGGGUUGUUUGUAUGUGUGUACUAUACCAAAAUAGACAUGUCUUUCUGUGCUGUUGAGAGGAAGUGAAAAGUUCACGUUGUACUGUAUUACAAAUGGAACAACAUGUUUUUUCUUCCAGUGAACACUUUAUAUAAAACAGCAAAUACUGUAGGCUUCUUGAAAAUAAAAAUAUGGAAAUAGAAAAUAUUA